AUGUGCAGCACCAGCACCUGUGACCUAGAAGACAUCCCCCUGGAYGAUGAUGACCCCAACAGCAUAGAAUUCAAAAUCCUGGCAUUCUACACCAAACACCACGUCCUCAAGAGCGCCCCUGCUGUCUUCUCACCCAAGCUGCCAAGAACAAGAAGUUUGUCCCAGAAGGGACUGGGGAGUUGGGCAGCGGAGUCAUGGACCCAGAUGCCAUGGCCUUGCAGACAAUCUUCAUCGAGUGAGAAGCCCAUACAGCUUGGCAAGAAAAAACCUUCUUGGAAAACUCUCUUUGGAGGAACGGAGAAGGAGGAGAGUCCACAGAGUUCACCUCAGAUCUGUUUUCAGGGCCCCGUGGAAGUGGCAGCUCAGGGUGGUAUCCACGGUCAGCAGUGGUCCCGGUCCCUUUCCAGUGUGGAACGGCACCUGGAUAAUGGAGAUGUGGACCCCAAAGUUGCUUCCAUUGCCAACCGAGUGGCUGACAUUGUUCACUCCUGGCCACCAUCAGAAAGGACCCGCCUCCGGGGAGGAGGCUUGGAAUUCAAAGAUAAAAUUGUGCGACAGGGUCGUCGUACCCAAAAAGAAAGCUUAAAAUUUGUGCCACAAGGUUCUCAAAUAACUGCCAUUUUCCCCUCAACAGAUGGAGAAGACGAAAUAAUAUCCAAAAUUGUUGAGCUGCUGAAAUUUUCAGGCGAUCAGUUGGACAGAGAGUUGAAGAAAGACAAGACUUUGCCAAGCAACCUCCAGGAUAUUAUGUCCUACUCUGUUUUCAAGACGAUCACAGACCAGUUCUUAGGGAAUGUGGACACCAGAGGAGAAUCAGAAGUAAAGGCACAGGGYUUCAAGGCUGCCCUUGCCAUAGACGCCAUAGGCAAGCUCACAGCCAUUGACAACCACCCAAUGAACAGGGUGCUGGGCUUCGGCACCAAGUACCUGAAAGAGAACUUCUCACCCUGGGUUCAGCAGCAUGGUGGAUGGGAAAAGAUACUUGGGAUAUCACAUGAAGAAGUAGACUGA